GUCUUACCUCAUUGGAUAUUCAUGAAGGCGAUGUCGCCAUCUUGGUAAUCAACUUUUCAUGUUUCUCCGUGCAUCGAGAGACUUCGUGCUUCCAGAGGCCAAAUUAGACAUCGAUGGUCAACAAACGGGUGGUCAUCGGGUGCCAGAUGCAGCUAUCUCCGUAGACGGGUCAAAAAUAGAUCAACACUUUGGACUGCAAGGGAUCUGACAGGUGGUGUUGAAGGCGGACCGCGGUUUGACGGCUGGAAAUUUCCAGGACAAAUGUGAAAGUCUAAUCCUCCAGGACCAAAAGAUGUGACCAUCACAGGUGGGCAGUACUACCUGUGAUCUGCUCCUGGGUGAUGUGGAGGGAAGCUCGUUUUGAUGGCUGGCACCGUCGCCAAGUUCGCUCCCUAUGCUAACUUACACGAUGAGUUUGUGGUGAGACAGACUAGCAUGGAGGAGGAGGACCUUGUCCUCAACUUGUUGGAUGAUGAAAGUUUUGCAAAACGCACUCAGGCGCUCGACUACCUACGUGUAGCGGUGCGCAAGAAUGGAGGACGGCUGGUGUUCCACAACAGGCAGGGUCUGUUCAACGGUUUGGCCAACCUGCUACAGGACUCCAACUGGAAUGUCCGACACCAGUGUAUACAGUUGAUCUCUGAGAUGAUCCCAGGCUUCGGGCCAGGGCUGGAUACUGGGAUGGCGGCUGUCCUGCCAAAUAUUGUGUUUAACAUCGGCGACACAAAGGUGGCCAUAAAGAAGUCUGCUAUUCAGACUGUUCACCUCUACCUGAAGCAUUCGUUGGACCGAAAACUCAUUUUCAAUGCACUGGUAAAACAUGGGUUAGAGAAUGAGGAUCCGCGGAUUGGAAGAGAAACUGUAGUGGCUCUCCCAAUGAUGCUGACACCGGAGUUUGCUAAGGAAGAUUUGUUUCCAUUGACGCUGGCCUUGGCCAGGAAGCUUCACAGUAGACCAGAUGAAGACCCCAAGAAGAUUCUUUACUCAAUGGACAGAAUACGGUCGUUAGUGGGAGACAACAAGUUUGAGAUGUGGGUCUCCAAGUUCCCAACUAAUCUUCAGGGGACCUACCACAAUGCAUAUGACCCUGAACGUAAUGGCUUUGACACACCAAAGCACGAUUCCGUCAAGUCUGCCAAGUACGAGUCUCCCAGCAGGGAGAGUAGAGAAGUGGACUUGAAUUCCAGCGGACAUUUCAAGGACUUUCCCAACAGAUACCAGGUAACCUCCACACGUGAGACAAACCAUGCGAGACCAAUGGUUGCACAUAGAUUGGUAUCUCAUGAUGAUGGGCCAUAUGAAUUUGGCAUCAUUCCUUCUCAUGUCAUGCAACAGUUGGUCGACCAGGAGGAUUGGCGCAUUCGGGCACAGGGAAUCGAACAGUUGAAGAACAUUAUGGCCAGUCUAAGAGACGCUACUCCCUUGUUACCUCAGCUGCUGCCCUUUAUCAGCUUUCUCUGUAACUUGCUGGAUGAUGUCAACUUUAAAAUCACCACUGUGACACUAGAAAUAUUUGGGUUGUUGGUGGACAAGUUGAACCUUGGUGUAAAACCUUACUUAAAGCCCAUUGUGUCAGCUUUGACGAAGCGGCUGGGCGACCUAAAAUACGUGAUCAAGCAGGAAAACUUGCGGGUUCUGAUGCAGCUCAUGAAUAUCCUGAGCCCGAAGCCCAUCCUCAUGCAUUUGUAUGACGGCUUGGAGCACAAGAACUCUCGUGUCAGGGAGGAAACAUUGAAUGUCAUCAUUGCUUCCUUGUUGACUUUUCCAACCUAUGAGUUCGACCUGGGUCAUCUGUGUGAAAUUAUAGCCCCAACAUUAGCUGAUGCCAAGCCAAGAGUUCGCCAGGCUGCGUUAGAGGCCUUCGCUGUUCUGGCCCAGUCCAUGGGUCCAGGCCGGCUACAGCCGCUGGUGUCAGCGGUGGACAGUGUGGAGUUGGGAAAGGACGGGGACGGAGUCAUGGCCGCCGUUCAGGCGCGGCUCGCGAGAAGACAGCUGCCCAGACUGGGCACGGACGGGUUGGUGGAGUACGCCACACCCCCACCCGCCUCGGCACGGUCCCGCAGCAGUACCGGAUCCUCUGCACAGGCCCACCAAGGGGCAGACACGGAGUGGAUCCUCAACGCGCCGGGGGCACAGGGGAGCAGUUCCAGCGCAAGAGACAGGCCGGAGUCGGAAGACUUCCUGUCUCGCUCCACACCUGGUCCCCUUCCCACAGGUGGCAUCGACGGGAUCACGCCACAGCCGCGCCGCUACUUCAGCGCCGGGAGGGCUCGCAACAAACUUCCGUGGGAGGAGGGAAGAGGUGAUAAAGAGGAGGAAGGAAACUUCCACAGCAGCCAUCCCAGCAGUGCACCUGCCACUCAGGUACCUCGCCCCAAGCAGGAGAUGCAGCCUCCUAUCAAACCCAAGAACACCUGGGGUUUUGGCGAGGACGAGGGGUCGGACGUUUCUGGCAAGCGGGGACGCCGCCGGGGCAAAGGUUACAACGGGAGGGACGAUUCUCCCAACUCAGGAUCCCAGCCAUCGGGCUCCUACAAGAAGGAGUAUCUUAAGAAGCUGGAGUACAAUGCCCGUGUGGCCACCCUGUCUGGAUCCCAUCCCCGCGGGCGUGUGGUGCCGCUUGAGCAGGACUCCGCACCCUCCAGCGCCACCGCCACACCAGCCUCAGACAAAGCUGGUGUCAUCACCAACAGCAGUAUGUCAUCGCCCAAAAAGCGCAGAGAACAGCGGGAGGCGGAGGAACCGUCGGAGGCGACCAACGUUCGGAACGAGAGCCCCCUGGGUCACCACUACAUCCCCUCCUUCGUGGACAAACCCCGGGACGAGGAAAGAAGCAGAAACCAAAGAGCCAGUCUGUCCAACUCCUGGCCUCACCAGUCCAGAGAUUUUACCGAUAUGCCCAAACCAAAGAAGUCACAAGACCCAUUGAGUGCUCUGGAUUCCUCACUGAACGUCAGUUCUGACAGACUAGAAGCUGCGGAGGACAGUCCAAGAUACAAAGGAAAAGAACCUGCCAGAGAAAACCAGACGCCCAUCCCCAUGAAGCCAGCCCUGGCUCGUUCCGCCUCCAAGAGAAGGAACAAGGUGAUCCCACCCAUCCCCACCAGUGGGGAGCCCAGCCCCAGGGAGGGGGAUGAGCUGGACAGUGGCAGGGACAGCUCCUACAUCCCCACUUCUAACAGGGAGCACGGGCACGCAGAACCAGAGAUCGACAUGGAGUCGUCCCUCAGACAAAUCAGAAACAGUGCCUCCAAGAAGCGAGCACAGAAACUGGUGAACAGCAUGUCGGAGACGAGCCUGUACUCAUCGCUGUCUGCCGCCUCCUCCCGAUCACCCUCCCCUCCUUCCUCCUCUCUGGAUGAUAGUGGGCUGUUCUCUCCCAUGUCCACCCUCCCUCUGGAUGAAGAUGCCAACUCCACUCCGAAGACAACUCCCAAGAGAAAAGGGAAAUCUGGGGCUGAGUCUCCGUUCGGGUCCAAGCCGAUCAUGGCGCGGCGCGCUUCUGCGGGCAGAAGGCGGUCUCCUCCGACCGAGGGCGACUUCGAACAGAACACGGAGCCGAACCCGUUCGAGUACCAGCCCAACAGCGGGGUGACGUUCCGCGAUAAACCCAGCUCCGACGUCAGCGUGGUGGGACAGCGCAUGAGCUACAGUAACAUGGCUGAUGCGAGUGAGCCCAGACCAGCAGAGCCUGUGAAGAAGCCGUCCCAGCCCCUUGCCUCGCCCACCCUCCCCAGCAGACCUGCCCCACCCAAGGGCAGUGACAUGAGGGACAGGAAAAAACAGAAAGGUUCCCCCAUGCCCGGGAUGGCGUCUCUGCAGCACCCCGGGGCAGCUGACAUGGAUGACGGUGGCAAUAUUAACAACGACCAUGUGGUGAUUGUAGGCAGAGGAAUGUUGUCUGGGUCCACAUCGACUAUGGACACCACGGAGCCGCUGGUGGGGGAUCGGGCGUCCCCGCCUCUCAGGAAGCGGAGUAACCAGGACGAGCGGGAAGAACCGCCGGCAGGGGUGUACGGCAUCGGCGUGCGGCAGGGGGGAAACGACGACUACGACUCGGACUUUGAUGAAGAGGACCCAAACAACAUCUCGAUGUCCCGCGCCACACGAGAGAGGUUGAACAGUAAACAGCAGCAGCGUAAAGAGGAGAUCCGGGCAGAGAAACGUGCGGAGAAGGAGCGUCAGGAACAGGAGAGGAGGGAACAGCAGAGGUUGGAAGAGGAGUGGAAAGAACUGGAGCUUACCAAACAGAUAAAGCGGCGCCGUUUGAAGGAGAAAAGACGUCUUGAGCGUGAGCAGAAGCAGAGAGAGCAGGAGGAGUGGGAGAGAGUACAGCGAGAGGAGCAGGAGAAACAAGAGAGGGAACGUAAACAGAGAGAGAGAGAAGAGAAUGAAAAACGGAGAAGAGAAAGAGAGGAAAAGGCACGACGGAAAGAACAGGAAAAAGAACGACAGAAGGAGAAAUUGAAGCAUUCCAGUCAAAUGGAGUUAGAGGAUAUAGGUGGCCUGUCUAUAAUGGGAACAGGUCCGUACGACCGUGCCAGGAUGAUGGAAUCAUCACCUGUAGGCAAGCCACCAGCACACACACCAAAGAAGAGAGGCUCACAAUCGCCAAAGGUGGGCUCUUCCCCCAGCACUCCGUCCAGCCAGGUCAGCACCCCGUCACACCGCAGCAGCUCGCUCAUGGACGAGCUUGAUCUCAAGCCCUUCAACAGCCCUGAGGCUGCCCUUCAAGACGCUUUUAGACUCGUGAAUGAUGAGAACUGGGAGGUGAAAUGUGAGGGCAUCAGCCAUAUCCGCAGACUCGCCAUCUUCCAUCCCAAGGUGGUGAACUCACGUCUGCACGAUGCCAUCCUCGCCGUGCUCACCGAAGUGAAGAACCUCCGCUCGUCCGUAGCGCGGGCCGCCAUCGCCUGUUUAGGGGACAUGUUCACAUACCUGAAGAAAAACAUGGACCAGGACAUUGACCAGACCACACAAGUCUUGUUACAUAAGAACGGUGAAUCCAAUGGUUUCAUCAGGGAGGAUGUGGACAAGGCCAUGGCUGCCCUGGCCAUGAACGUCUCCCCACAGAGGGCACUGACGGCACUUAUUGCUGCAGGCAGAGACCACAGGAAUGUUGCUGUAAGAAAGUGCACGGCUCAGUACCUGGUGACCAUUGUAGAGCGAAUGGGCACAGGACGUGUCAUGUCAGGCAUCAAGGAUAUCACAGACAAGGUCCUACCCACGGCCGCUUCGUUCGCCUGUGACAGCUCCGGAGAAAUCAGAUACUAUGGUAAGAAGGUUCUGUACCAGCUGAUGUCUCAUGAAGACUUUGACAAGCUGCUGGACAAGCAUGUGGCUGCCAAGCACCAGAAGGAUGUAAAGAACAAGGUGGAAGAACUCAGGCAGAGGGGUCUGGGUGAGAUGCCAACGGAUACGCCGUCAGCUCGGCACAGGAGGGCAGAAAGUGGCGGAUCACGAGCAAAGUCUGGGGCAAGGGACAGCAUCACUCCGAGCAGUACACUGUCGACACCAACAUCCUCUGCCAAGAAGAAGUCUCCGCGUGGCGGUGACACAGGGCUGGAGGAGUGUAAGGAGCUGUUUGGCCUGUUGGAUUCCCGAGACUGGCAGCAGAGGAACCAGGGGAUCCAACAACUCAUGGAGAUGUGCGGAUCGGGCCAUCCUGCUGUCUUCAACAACCUGGUCAAGGUGUCUGACAGGUUUGCUCCCAGAUUAACGGACAGCAACACCAAGGUCAACCUGUUUGCCCUCCAAGCCCUGCUGUCCAUCAUCAAGCUGGUGGGACCGUACGCUGACGUGACGGUCGUCAACUCCCUGGUGCCUCAGCUCGUCGCCAACCUGGCCUCCAAGAACCAGCAGAUCUACAGCACAGCUAAGGAUGUUCUCGAUGCUGUGGUGCGGAACGUAGACAAUGGCCUGUUACUCCAGCCUUUUGCCAACUCUGCUCAGUACGGAAAUGCUCGAGUCAAACCGGACAUGAUCGACAAGUUAUCAGACCUCGUCCUGGAGGUGUACGUGCGGAAACAGCAGUCUGUCAUCCGACACGUCCUUCCCGUCCUGUGGCAUCUCCUGGGAAACACAACCAGCAGCGGAGCUCUUCCCGGGGGCACCGGAAACAUCCGCGACGCCACCAACCGCCUCGCCAACUCUCUGCACCUCCAGAUGGGGGACGCCUUGUUAGAAUACGGAGGUAGCCUCACGCAGAGAAACCUUCAGACGCUUAAGGACAUGCUGGCCAACCCUGUACAGCAAUGAUGGGCCAUGCUGUUGUAAAGUUGUGUUCAUGGAAUAUGUAUCAAUGUUGUAAACUUGUGAAACAGAAUUGUCCACAUAUCAGUGUACUUGUACAGAGGGUUGUUUCUGACAUCACAGAACACUACCUAUUAGUACCUAAAGGUUUGUUGUAUACACCAAAAAAAGUGUUUGAUUACACCAAGAAGUUUGAUUGUAUCAAGAUGUAAUGUUCCUAAGAAACUUUAUUGUGGCAUUAGUAAGAAUGUAUUCACCUUGUGUGACAUACAUGUACAGCUUGGCCAGCCUGACUGGGGAUGACAUAUAGGAGGCACUGAAGUGCCUUCAGAGAAUUGAAUCACAGGAAAUGGUAAAAAGAGAUAGUCCUUGAGCUGUUGUAUAAGACUAACAGUGAACACACGACUGAUGCCUUUCAUUAGUCAGAAUCAGAAUAUAUAUGAAUGCCUUUAUGCCUGGGCAGGGAAAUUUCCCGAAAGGGAUGUACAAAUGUAUUUCCUUGGUCCUCAUAUUUUGUAGACUUACAUGCUGAAACUUACGGAUAGAGAUGAUGCUGGAAAGCAAUACAGAAGCAGAUGUGUUAGAUGACACCAGUGUAGGACGUACGCAGUCCUCUCUUUGCUCUGUGUUCAUCUUGUAAUAUGCUUCUUUGUAAUAUGAGAGCUAGGGAAAUGGAUUGUUUUGGCCUCAUGGCAUGUGAAAUGCUGCUGUCAAAGGGACCAAUAGGAGGUGGUCUCCAUAUUGUGAGACCUUUAACCCCUGCCAUGGUUGGACGGUUGAACAGCCCACACAAACUCAUGUGAAACGUUGAGGUGUCCUGUGAUCCGUAUUUCUGGUCAGCCAGCACCCACAUAGAAAAGAUGUAUAGCCAAUAGGGGUAUUUUUUGUGGUGAACUGUGGAAAGAUAUUAAAUACCAAAAUGUACAAACCAGACAUGCACUUCUAUAUAGAGAUAUUAAAGGCCCACUAUAGUGCAUGUAAUGUGUAACUUAGAGUAGCUAGGUAGUUUUCUACUUGUGGCUGUUAUUUUUGUAUAAUUUGUCCAUGUACAGUGUACAAUUGGGCUGUACAGAGAAUAUAUAGUGUGUAACAGAAUAAGCCGUCCCCACCUGUAUCUUGUAUAUAGUAGGUUUGUGAGUUAUUGGUGUGAGGGGCCCAUUGCUGCUUAUGUUUCUUUGCAUUUGCUUGUUCACCGAUGGGGAAGCUUUUCCAGUGCAAGUUUCAGGUGCAGUUUGUAGUCAUUUGGUGUGCUUCAUCUACAGCUGUUAUGCUGCAUUCAUUGGUGGAUGGGGAGUUUGUGUGCUGCACUGUUUAUGGUAGGCUUCUCAAGUUGCACUUAAUCUUUGAAGCAACUUACAAAAGUCCCAGCUUCAAACUUUCUGGUUAAUUGGGGAAGCAACAUAUUGACCAGAAAACUUCAAUUUGUAUCAUCUUUCAUCAACAUUGACAGCUGCCCUUGCACUUUUUUCACAUUUGGCCUGUUACCUUUCCGUAAGAGCCAAACUAAUGCUGUUGGCCUAAAAUCACAGUAGUUGCCUUGUAAAUGAUACUUACCAAGUGUUUCUUGUGACCUACCAUUUCUUGAGGGUUGGUAUGAGGUGAGGAUGCAGAAAGGGUGAACGUUUGUAGACUUCAGUAGACUAACAGUGAAAUACAGCUAUUCCAGUUUUAUCUUUGGUGCAUCUUUUACAACAGUGAGGGGACCUUCCCUCACUCCUGACGUUAGCAUGUUUUUAGAUGACCAUCUUUUUUUAAAAGGUUUUAUCUGCUGCCACUGUCAGACCCAGUCUGGAGUAACUACAGACAGUGACAUAUCUUAACCUGAAUAACAUAUCAAAUAUGACGUUACACAGAUGAAGCAUUUCCUACUUUCAGGGAAGGCUUUAUUGAAAGAAAAUGAACAUUUUUUGGAGAGGUUGAGUCUAGUCUGAAUCUGGCAGUGGCAGUGGUAUCUUAGAAUGUUUCUCCCUUAAAGGGAAUAUGGUAGAAUAAGUUCUCAUGUUUAUAGCCGUAGUAUAAGUUGUUUGGCUUUGUUAUUACAAUUACCAUUACCUGUACAUAGAGUAGUUUAUGCCCUGAUCCAAAUGUCAUACAACUGUACAGAAUCAGCUUGAAAUGUUGUGAGACUCUUCUCAUAAAGAGUUAUAUUGAUCAAAUUUAUGUUUACUAGUGAUUUAAGUUUUUGAUGAACUUCCGUCCAUGAUUUCACUGGUGCAUGCCAU